AUGACUGUUGUAACACCUCCAUCAUCAUCUGAUGGUGAUUCUCAACAACAGCCACAAUCGCCAUCGAAUUCUCCAUUCGAAUGGAAAAUAUUAGUUGAAACAUUAAACGAUAAUACGAACAGUACAAAAUACAAUGAACUUAUUCAAUCGAUCUUACGAUGGGAAGAUUUAUUGACUCGACCAGAUCCAAUAAAUGAACAGUUUUUAAAUUCAUUUGUUAUUAUAGCAACAUAUCAUCUUGUUGGUGGAUUAACACGAGUUGAACGUUCUUAUUUUACCGAUGUGAUUAAUGUAGGAAAAUUAUUAUUAAAAUAUCUCUUACAAAAUCUCUUACCGAAAACUACUGAAACAAAUCGAUUAUUAACAUUAAAUGCAAUUAAAUCAUUAUGUUAUUGUCAAACAUUUCUUUCAUCUUCGGAACUUAAAGAUUCCUUUGAAGUAAUUAAAAACUUUGAUGGACCACAAAUAAAUAAAGAAGAUCGUCGAUUACGUUCAUCAAGUAAAACAUUAAUAACUCGACGUGAAACUGGUUUAGUUGAUUCAUUAUGUAAUACUGGUUUAUUUGAUUUUUCAUCUUCGGAAGAUAUAUCAAAUGGAAAUAAACGUGAUAGACCACAUUCAGCAGGAUCAACAACAAAAUUAACAUUUUCUAAGCAUAUGAGUCAAGUUUUAUUAACUUAUUUUAAACAAUUACAUGGUGAACAGUCUUUCAGUGAAAUAUUCUUUCAUAUGCCAUUAUUAAAUGAUACAAAUAUUCAUAUAAAUGAUAUUCUUCAUAAAGAUAUCAAUAUUAUCGAAAAUAAUCAUCCACAAUUUCGAGAGAAUUUAUCAACAAUAAAAAAUAAUUUGGAUUUUCUACGUCGUGCAUUUCAAUUACCAAUUAUUGAACCACUUGAUGAAUAUCGUUUAAAUAAAUUUAUUCUUAUUAUUAUAAAUUCACUACGAAUUGCAUUUCAAUAUAUUCAAUUAGAAAUAAAUAAUGAUGAAAUAAUAACUAAUGAUCAGAUUUUACAUGAUAUAGCACGUAUAUGUAUUAAACUCGGUGAUAUAAUACGAUACUCACCUCGACUGGAAAAUUCUCGAAAUAUUUUUUUUAAUUAUCAACUUUUAUUAGCAGUUUUAUUAACAAAAGGUAUUCAACAAAUACUUAAAAAUAAUCAACAAAAUGAAACACAACAAACAAAAUUAUCAAUAAAUAAUCUAUUGAUUCAUCUUGUUGCAAUUCUUAUGUUUUCAACACGAGAAAUAAUCAAUGAUUUAUCCUAUUCCGAUUCCAAUAUUCAAACAAUUGAUAUUCAUUCAGAAAAAUUUACUUUAACAAAUUUACUUCAAUCAUCACAACGGUAUCAUUAUUUAGAAAAAAAUCAAACAUUAAAAUUAUUUUUAAUUAUUCUUCGUCGUCUUACUUUACCAAUACAAAUCAAACCAAGCGUAAUAAUUCCUGACGCACCACCAUUACCAACUGAUCUUUUAAUAACAGAAAAAGAUGGUGAAGAUGAUUAUUAUAUAAGAGAUUUAUUUACUGAACCAAUUUUAACAAAUACAUCAACAACUCAACAAACAGUUCAUCGUUCAUUAUCAUCAUCAACAAAUCGUAAACGAACAAUAUUAAAUCGUUGUUUAGACGUAGAUUUAUGUUCAGAUGACUAUUAUGAACAAGAUGAUUAUUAUGAUCUAUUAAAUUAUCUUGAUAAAAAUUAUUUUAAUGAAAAUUUUCCUAUUGUUAUUAAUGAUCUGAAAAUAACAUUGAAUACCAAUGAACAAAUUGAAAAUUUAUCAAAUUUAAUUCAACAUUCAAUAGUUUUACCACGUUUUAUUCAUAAUAUUCUUCAAAAUGAUAUAUUAACACAUGAUAAUGAAAACAUUCUACUUGAAAAACUUGGUGUAUCAUUUGAACAAACAUGGCCAUUGAAGAUUUCAUUAAAUACAUUAAUUAUCUUACUUAAAAUUAUAUUAAAACGUAAAAAUAAUGAAUUAAUUUAUAAUUUAUGGAAAAAAUUUCUUCAAAGUAUAUCAAAUACAUCGGAUGAAUUAACACUUGAACAUUUACAAAUAUUUCUCAUUUUCUUUCAUCAAUUAACAAUGCAAGAACGUAAAAAUAUUCUUCUUGAACUUGUUCAAAUUAUUCAAAUAACGAAACAAAAUAGUUAUUUAUUAAAUUUAUUUGAAUAUAUUAUGUUUAAUUUCUAUGAAAUACCAGCAGAAAUUAUCGAAAAUAUUCAACAAAUUAUAUCGAAAAAUGAUAUAACAUCAACGACAAAUUUUAAUCAAAUUAUUUCAAAAAAUAAUUCAAAUUAUUUAGAUGGAUUUGCAUUGAAUACACUUUAUAAUAAUCCAAUUUAUAAUAAAUUCUAUGAUUAUCUUAUUGAACAAUUAGAUUUUACAAAAAUCAAUAAAGAUAACUUAUCCAAUCCAAUAUUAAAACAAUAUUAUGAUAUUUUAUGGCGUAUACUUGGUUAUUUACCACCAUCAAAUGACUUUCUUGAAAAUAUGACAAAUCAUACUAAAACAACACAUUUACUUCAUAUGUUUCGUUUAGAAAAAAAGAUUCUUCAUGAUAAACAUAUAACCGAUUUUCUUUCAAAAGAAAUUUCAUUUAAAAAUAUUCAAUGGUUUACAAAUAUAAAUAAACAUUCAUCGACAUUAUUUGAUUUAAUUGUUUAUCAAAUUUUAUUACAAAAUCUUACAUCAACAUCCGAUGAAAUCAAUCAUUUAUAUCAAAUAUUUAUUAAUCAAUUAAAAUCAUCAUUAAAUAUAAAUCCAUAUUUAGAAUCAUUAUCAAUAAUUCCAAUAACAAAAAUAGCUGAAGAUAAAACAAAAACAAUAACAAUACCAAAUAUACCACAAGAUUUUGAAGAAUUAUUUAAAUAUCAAUUAAAUUAUUCACUUGAACAUGAUAAUUUACAAUAUAUAUAUCUUCGUGAAAUUCUUCAAAUUUUAUUGACAAUUAAUUCGGAAAUUGAUAAUAAACAAUUAUAUAUUGAUAUACAAUUAAAUACAAAUUUACAAUUUUUGAAAGAACAAAUUAAAUUUAAAAAUCUUAAUAAUGAUACAUUUAAUAAUGAUAUGUGUGAAUAUAUUUAUAAAAAUAUAUUUGAAAUAUUAUUUAAUAAAAACUUUCCAAAUGAUAUUAUAACAGAAGAUAUUUAUCAUGAUUUAAUUAAAUAUCUUGAUGAACAAUUUCAAGUUAAUAUAUUUCAAAAUUGUUUAUCGCCAUAUACAUUAUUUGAUUUACUUUAUUUAACAUCAAAAGAAAAUUUAUCAAUAACAAUAUUUGCAAGAAUGUUAAUGUUAUUCAAUAAAAUAUUUUCAUAUUCAAAUCAAUUUCAAUUAGCAAUUCAAAGUUUAAAUCGUAUUGCUGAUUUAACAAAUGAACAAUUAUCACAAUGGUUAGCUAAACUUGUUUUACCACAAAAUAUUGAUAAUAAUAAUCAAAUCUAUACACCUGAGCAAUGUAAACAUAUAUUAGAAACAUUUAUUAAAUAUUUAAUAAAAAAAAAUGAUGAUGGAACAAAUAUGAUUAGUGAAGAAGUUUCACUUUCGAUUUUAUCUGUUCUAAUACAAUUAGGAAAUGAAUUAUUAAAACCAAAUAAAUAUGCAUUAGGAUUUUCACAAAUUAUUCAAUUAUUAGUUAUUUUAGCUGGACAUGGUUCAGGAAAUGGACAUACAUAUUUAUUUCAAGCAGCAGCUAUUUGGUUAGAAUUUUGUGCUGAUGCACUUGUAGAAGAUAAUAAAGAUUCUACACCACCAUCGUUCCUUUCAUCGAUUGUAUCAACAUCUAAUCAAUCUCUUUCUUUUUUCCAUUCAAAUAUUCUGGAAGCAAGUGUUUAUUUACUUGCCUAUAUCAAUGAUAUUUUAAUUGCAUUAAAACAUCUAUCUACACCUGAUUCUUCAUCAUUAAAAUCACCAUUUAAAAGUGAUGAAUCCGAAGAUGAUGAUAAUGAUUCUCAAGAUGAUGAAGAUAUAUCAUUUGAUUCCAAAAAAACAUUUAUUUCUUCAACAAAUUCAGCAAAUUAUGAUCCAAAUAAAUUAUGUACAUUUACAACAACAAAAAAAGAAUAUGCUAAUCAACAUUGGUAUCAUUGUCAUACAUGUAAAAUGGUUGAUCGUGUUGGUAUAUGUCAAAUAUGUGCAAAUGUAUGUCAUAAAGAUCAUGAUAUAUCCUAUGCAAAAUAUGGUUCAUUUUUUUGUGAUUGUGGUGCUAAAGAUGAUGGUUCAUGUCAAGCAUUAGCUAAACGUUCCAAUACAACCAAUUUUCAACCAUUAACACCCACAUCUUUAUUAAAAAGGAAGAAAAUUAAAAAACCAACAACAUCAUCAACAUUGAAUAAAAAAACUAAAUUAACUAAUCGUCAACGUCGUUUAAUACGUCAAAUUAAUUCUAAACAACAAGAUUAUCAUUCAUGUAUUCAAAGUAAUCAUAUACCAUCGAAUGCACUUCGUUUAUUUAAAUUACUUCAACCAUAUAUCAAUAAUGAAUAUCAACAAAUUUAUAAUAUUGAAAAUAAAUUUGAUUUAAUUAAUGAAUUUUUAAAAUCAAAUCAACAACAAUUAUCUCUCGAUAAUGAUGAUAAUAAACAACAACAACAACAACAAUUAUUUACUGGUAUAUUACAUUCACAAGAAAAUGCAUUUGAACAUGUUAAAUUAUCAUUUACAAAUGAACAUGGCCAACAAAUAAAACAAUUACUUAGUACAAAUUCAAUACGACGACAAGGAAUGUGUAUAAUGUCAUCAAUAAAUUCCGAUCAAACUAAACAACAUUUAAUUGUUAGUCAAGAAAAAGGUAAACAAGCUAUGAUAACUGUUUUACAAUUAAAUUCCUUACUUAAACAAACAACAACAAUGAUUAAUAAUGUAUCAAAUGAUAAUUCAGCAAAGAAAAAAUUUACAUUAAAUAAAUUAAAUACAUUUAAUAUACCAUUUACAAUCUUAUCUAUGCAACCAAAUCAAUUAAAUAGUGAUUAUUUAUGUAUAACUGGUUUAAAAGAUUGUCAUAUAUUAAAUAUUGAUAUUAAUGGACGAUUAAAAGAACCAACAAUUAUUUUACAACCAAAUUUAGAUUCGACAGGAAAUUAUAUUAUAAGAGCACAAUGGUUAUCAGAUAAAAAUCAAUCACAAUUAGCUUUAUUAACAGCUGAUUUUAUUAAAAUUUAUGAUUUAAGUAUUGAUACAGUUAAUCCAAUUUAUUAUUUUAUUUUACCAACAGGUAAAGUACGUGAUUGUACAUUUUAUUAUACAAAACGUAAUAAUAUCGAAUGUUGUUAUAUAUUAAUUAUGGCUUCAAAUGGUUAUAUAUAUUAUGAACAAUUAUCUGAAUCAUCAUCGGCACGUAAUGGUUCAUUUUAUGUAACAAAUACUCUUGAUAUUAAACAUGAAACUAUUACUGAAACAAAUAAUAAUGGUAUUUUACUAGGUGGUGGUGUCUCCGUAUAUUUUUCGUCAACAUUAAAACUUUUAUUUUGGUCAUAUGCACAUGGAAAAAAUUUCUAUGGUAUUAUUGAUGAAGCAAAUAUUGAAAAAUUAUUAAUGAUACGUUCAAUUGAUGUUAAAAUGACUCCAACAACAUCAACAAAUGGUAGUAAUAAAUCAACAUUAACAUAUCAUACAUUAUGUUCAUGGUCAGAAAUUGCACAUCAUCCAGGUUUAAUUUAUACAAUGACACAAAUGACAAAUAAUCCUGUUGUUUUAAUGCUUACACCAUCAUCUGUUCGUAUAAGUGAAAUAAAAAUGCAAAUAAAAACAACAAAAAUUCAAGAUAUUGUUGCAUUAAGAUAUGAUCAGCGAACAACAUUUAUUCUAUUAGCUGAUGAUGGUAGUUUAAAAAUUUUAUUAGCUGAAUUAGAUAAAACAAAUUAUUGGUUAAAUAAAUUUUAUCAAAAAAAGAAAUAUUUUCCAAUGAUUGAUUUAGAUUUAAAUGAAGAUAAUUUUGAUUAUGAAAAUCUUAGUCAUCAAUAUUCAUUAUCUGAUAAUGAAACAGAUGAACAACAAGAACCAAUUGUUAAACGUCGAAAACAAACAAUAACAACAAUAAAUCCAUCAAUAAGUAAUCAAACAAGUGAAUUAUCAAAUGAUUCAAUUAAAUUUCCAGUAGAUUUUUUUGAAACAUGUCAUCUAUUAACUGAAUAUGAAUUUGGUGGCCGAGAUUUACUUGAUGUUUAUAAUGUUGCUCAACUUAAAUUACGUUUAUCAACACCAGGAAUGUUUAUUGCAAAUGUUCGUACAGGUGGUUUUACACUUGAAGUUAUUAAUAAAGAUUCAGAUAAUAUGGUUAUAACUGGUAUUCGUAUACAUAUUGGUUCAUAUUCAUUAGAUAAAUCACCACAAUAUUUUGAAUUAUUUGGACGUACAAUACAUAUUAAUAAUUUACAAGGACCACGUUGGUAUGAUUUAUGUUUAACACGUGAAGAAUCAAUUCAAGCUGAAAAGAAAUUUAAUAUAUUUAUUGCACAAUCUAUCGAUACAAAUCAUAUAACUGUUAUUGAUGAUGUUAAAGUUUAUGGUAAAACAAAAGAAGAAUUUCAAUGGCCUGAUGAUGUUGAUGCAUCACUAUUAGCUUCAACAGCAAAUACAGGAGUUAUAUCAACAACAGCAGCUAAUGGAUAUUUACAUUCAUUUAGACAAACAAAUGAUGAAAAAGAAUUAGCGACAUUAUCAUUAACCGACAGGUUACUUGUAUAUAGUAUGCAAGUGUUAACAAGUUCAUUAUGUUUACGUUAUAAUUUCGAUGAACAAAAUCGUUUAAAACUUAAUUCUGAUAUUGUUCAAUCUACUUCUGAUAUGUUUCAUAUGUCUUUACCACCACAAAUUCAACGAUAUUCUCAUCAAUUAUUAAAAGAAUUUUUUUCAUCAAUAUCAUCAUCAGAUUUAGAUUAUUAUGAACAUAUUGAUCGUUUACAAUUAUCAUUUCUUUCUCAAUGUUUUUCAUCAAAAAAUUAUUUAGAAUUAUUUAAUGAUAUAAAUACAUAUGAAUAUUUACUUUUAUCAUUAUUAUCUAUUACACGUCAUCGUCCACAUAAUAUAAAUCGAUUUUUAAAUAUAACACAAAAUGAAUCAAAAGAUGUUAUAUCAAAAUCAGCAUCAAUGGAAAUAUUUAUUCCAUAUUUAAUAAAUAUAUUUUUUAAUCUAUUAAAUCAACGUCCAUCAAAUCCAUUACUUGAAUCAAUUGAUAAUAAAACAAUUGAUUUAAAACAAAUUAAAAAACUUCUUCAUAUUCUUGUUGAUAUUUAUCAUUCAUUAGCAUUAAAUGAACCACAAAUAUGUAUGAAUUUAAUUGUUGAAUCAUACAUACGUUUAUUAACUUAUCAUGAUUAUCAAAUAAAUUUUAUAAUUAAAAAUGCAUUAAAUCGUUGUAUGCAACCAAAAAUUCAACGUUUAAUAUCGAAAUUAUCAACAGCAAGUGAUUUAAAUCAACAAGAUUUAUCUGAACAUAAAUUUCAUUCAAUGCCAUUAUCAGCACAAAUUUAUCCAACUGAUGAACAAACACGUCCACGUUGGAGAGAAACAACAACUGGAACUAUAACAACAAUAACUCCAACAACAAUUCCAACAUCAUUAUCAACAACACCACCACCACCGCCAACAACAACAACAACAAAUGAUGAAACAGCUAUGUUACAAUAUGCACUUGCAUUAAGUAUGUCAGAAAAUCCUGAUCCAACAUCUUCAACAUCAGCAAAUCUUCCACAAGCAAUUGAUUAUGUUGAUAAUGAUGAUGAAAAUCCUCCAAUACAAAAUGAUGUUGAAAUGCGUCAAAUGAUGGAAUUAAUGGUCAAUGCUGCUGUUAUUGAUAAUCCUCAAGCAACAAAUAGUGAUAAUAAUAGUUUAUAUGAAGGUGAUGAUGGUCAUGUAUCGGAAUCAAGUUCAACAACAAAUGAUGGUGGUGAACAAACUAAUAAAACAACAUCAACACCUAAACAACAACCACCACCACCUCCACCAUCAUCAUCAUCAAAUGAUUCAAAUUCAACAAUAAAAUUAAAUAUUAAUGAAUCAAUUGAUUCAAGUGUUUAUGAACAACGUUUAUAUGAAUUAAAACAUUUAAUUGUUGAAAAAUUAUUAGAUAAUCUUGAUGAAUAUUUAUUAAAUAAUUCAACAUUAAAUGGUUUAAAUUCAAUUGCUUAUUUACAAUUAUUAUUAACAUUAACAAUUGAAUUUGCUUCGAAAUCUGAUGAAAAUAAUCAACAAUUUGUUCAUUAUAUAUUAAAAAGUUUAUUAAGACAAAUGACAUUUAUUAAAGAUAAUAAUGAAAAUUUAAUAAAACGUACAUCACAACAUGAAAUACAAUUAAUGUUAUUAAGAUUAUUUACUGUUUAUGUUUCAUUUAUGCUUAAAGUACGUUUUAAUGAACGUGAACAAUAUAUACAUUUAUCAUUAACAGCAGCAAAACAAUUAGAUGAAUCAAAUGUUGUUAAUUAUUGUUUAUAUGCAUUAAAAAUUGUUUAUAAUUAUUUAGUAAAACAACCAAUUGAUGAAAAUUUAUUAAAUGAACAAACAAUUUUAUCACCAAGUGGUACAACAUUAACAACAACAACGAAUACACAAACAUCAUCAUCAAUAACAACGAUGACACUAUUAAAAUCAGGAAAUCAACAAGUUUUACCAGAUUUAUCACCAUUUUUCUAUAAACAAUAUACUAAACAUCAUGCAAAUGAUGUUUUUGAAGCUUAUCCAGAAUUAUUAGCUGAAAUUGCAACAAGAUUACCAUAUCAAAUGAAGAAAGUUUUCGAUUGUACAUCUGAAUCACGUCCGUUUUUACUUUCGUCUGAUUGGCAAAAAUGUCUAUGUGAAUAUUAUGUUUUACCGCAAGCAUCAUUUCUUAAACGUCAAAUUCGUAAAUUACUUAUGUAUAUUUGUGGUUCACGUGAUAAAUAUCGUAAAUUACGUGAUUUACAUGUUUUAUCAACAAAUAUAAAUGAAAUCAAAAAAAUUUAUGAAGAAAGUUUUUCAUUUAUUAAUAAUGAUCAACGUAAAACAAUAUCAACACAAAUUCCUUAUGUUACAUUAAUGCGUCUUGUUGAUCAUUUAAAAUCUUGUCAAGAUAUAAGUCUUCAACGUUGUUCAAAUUGGCAAAAAUUCUGUAAAAAUGAUUCAUCAAUUCUUCAUUUUCUUAUACAAUUAAUUAUGCUUGUUGAUGAUUCGUUAGUACCAUUUAUUCUUCAUUUAUUAAUAAAUUCAAUUUCAUCAUCUUCAAAUGCAACAUCAUCAUCAUCCUCAUCAAGUCGUACAUUAAAAACAUCGAAAUCAGUUCGUCCCAAUGAAUUUGAUUCUGCCGAUGAUCUUUCAGUUUGUUCAAUAGCUUUACAAUUUUCAAAAAUAAUCUCACAUAAAUUAUUAGAAGAUUUUAUUCGAUUAUUUUUAUUAGAAAAUAAUCAACAAUCAAUUCGUUGGUUAACACAUACAUUUCUCUAUAAUCUUUAUAUAAAUUCCAAUAAACAAUUACAAGAUCAUAUAUUUGAUUUAUUAAUUAAUCUUUGGUCAACAAUAUCACAUUAUGGUUUAAAAUCAUUUCAAUAUAUUGAUUUAUUAGGAUUUAUUAUAAUUAAAAAUAAAGAUGAUAAACGUACAAAUGAAUUUCUACCUAAAUUAGAAUUAAUGUUAAAAACAGAAAAUCAAUUAUUAUUAAAUCAUCCAAAUGCAUCGAUUUAUCGUCGUUUAUCAACAAUAAUUGAUAUUGAACAAAAUAAUGGUUAUUAUUUUGAAACUGAACCAUGUCUAGUUUGUAAUAAUCCUGAUAUACCAUAUCAACAAGUUAAAUUACAAACAAUUAAACUUGAUCAACGUUAUACAACACAAUCACAUAUUAUUAAAUUAAUUCAAGCAUAUUCAAUACAAAAAUUACAUAUUAAAAUGAGUGAAGUUAAACGUAAUAAAGCUGUCCGAACCAUACGUUUUUAUUAUAAUAAUCGCCAUGUACAAUCCAUUGUUGAUUUAAAAAAUAGUGUUAAUUGUAAAUGGUUAUUAGCUAAAACAAUCAAAUUAACCAAUAUACAACAAACAGAAGUUAAAGUUGAUUUUAUUAUACCGAUUAUAGCUUGUAAUUUAAUGAUUGAAUAUGUUGAUUUUUUUGAAACACCAACUGCUAGUUUACCUACAGUUACGGAUACAACAACAUUACAAUGUCCAAGAUGUAAUUCAGCUGUUGCAGCAACACCAGGAAUUUGUCCAAAUUGUGGAGAAAAUGUUUUUCAGUGUCAUAAAUGUCGAUCAAUAAAUUAUGAUGAACGUGAUCCAUUUUUAUGUAAUUCAUGUGGUUAUUGCAAAUAUUGUAAAUUUGACUUUAUUUUUACUGCUAAACAAGUUAAUUAUGUUGAACCAAUUGAAUCGGAUGAAGAUCGUGCUAAAACUAUUACAAAUAUCAGUCAAUUAUUAGAAAAAACUGAUAAAAUAUAUCGUCAAUUAAUUAAUCAAAAACCUAUACUAGAAUUUCUAUUAACAAAAUUAACUUCGGAUGAUCAAGGAUCUCCUGUUAUUCCAUCAUUACCAACAACUACACCCACACCCUCAACAACUACAACAACAACCGGUGAUACAAAUGAACAACAACAACAAACACCUACUGUUCCAACUCCAACUGUAACAUUAACUUCAACAAAUAAUCUUAAUGGUAUUAAUCGUAUUGUUCAACAAAUAGCACCAAAAUAUAAUACAGAAUGUCGUCAAACUUAUGAUGAACUUGGUAAAUAUAUUCAAAAAAUAAUAUGUGCACGUAAAGAACUUUAUACAUAUGAUCAACGUCAUUCAAAUCUAUCAUCAUCAUCAACAACAACAAUAAAUACAUUUUCAACAUCACAUAAUUGUUAUGGUUGUACAUUAUCAACUAUAUCUCAUUGUAUACUUCUUUUACGUGCAUUUGCUUCAUCAUCAAAUCGUUUAAAACAAUCCAUAACAAAUAAUAUUCCAUUAAUUGAUGAAUUAUUAUUAAAUAAUAUACGUUAUACAAAUCAACAAAUACGUCAUGAUGUACGUUUAUUAUUCUGUUAUUUAACACGUGAUAAUUCACAAUUAACAGAUUAUAUAACAACAAAAAUAUGUCUUAAAAUCGAAACAAUAUUUCAACAAAAAAUAUUCUUAUCAUCAUCAUUAAUUAAUUAUGAUUUAUUAGUACUUUAUUCACUUAUUCAACGUUCAAAUCAAGAUGAUCAAGAUUUAUGUUGGGAAAAUAAAUUACGUUGUAUUGUUAAAUUAUUUCUUCAUUCAUUACGUUUAUCAACACCACAAAUACUUGAAAUAAUAACAUUACCUUGUUUAAGAAUGUUAUUACAUUUAUCAAAACCAAUAAAUACAACAACAACAACAACAAAUAAUAAUAAUAAUACAAAAUUAGUUUCAAUUGAUAUUGAAAAAUUCUUAUCAAAACAAAUAACAUAUCAUGAUUUUAAUACAAUACAAGAUAAAACAACAAUAAAUUCAUCACGUAUAAAUAAUUCAUGGUUAGAAACAUUAAUAUUUUGUUCACAAUCAGCAACAAUACGUUAUUUAACAUGUAAAUUAAUUCAAACACUUUGUACAAAUGAAAAACAAAAAUUUUUUAUUAUACAAAUUUUAAUGAAUUAUUUACCGAUGAUUUGUAAUGAAAAUUUAUCGAAAUAUUCAUAUGAAUAUGUACAAUUAAUAAAAGAUUUAUUAUUAAAUGAUAAUCAAUUAAAAUUAUUACUUUCAAAUGAUGAACAUUUUAAUAUAAUCAAACAACUUGCUUUCUUAAUUGAAAAUCAAAUUGAUCUUAUUAAUAAACAAGAUGAACGAAAUUUAUCAAAUUCAAAUUUAACAUUUGGUUAUUCAAUAAAAUGUUUAAUUGAAUUGUUAUAUUUAUUUCUUCAACAAGAUGAAUUGAAACAAAAAUAUAAAUCAAUAUUAAUCGCAAUUGUUUUAAAUGGUUAUUUAACAUUAAAAAAAUUAAUUGUACAACGAACAAAAUUAAUUGAUGAAGCACAAAAUAAAAUGUUAGAAUUAUUAGAACAAAUGACACGUGGUAAUGAACAAGAAACAAGACAAUUUAUGAUUAUUUGUAUUGAUACAAUUGAAAAAUUUCAAUUAGAUGAUAUGCAAACACCAUUGUUUAUAUUUGAACGUUUAUGUAAUUUAAUUUAUCCAGAAGAAACUAUGCAAGGAAAUAAAGAAUUCUUUAUUGUUGUUGAAAAAGAUCCAAAUCAAGAAGAUUUCUUACAAGGUCGAAUGAUGGGCAAUCCAUAUAGUUCAGCUGAUCCAGCUAUGGGUCCAUUAAUGCGUGAUAUUAAAAAUAAAAUCUGUACUGAUUGUGAAUUAAUUGCAUUACUUGAAGAUGACAAUGGUAUGGAAUUACUUGUAGCAAAUAAAAUUAUCAAUUUAGGUUUAUCUGUUCGUGAUGUUUAUAAGAAAGUUUGGUUACCUUAUAUAAAUUCUCAUCAAACAACUCCUUCAUCUGGAGAUCCAUCUCUUGGAGGUGCUCAACCAAUUGUUAAUUCAUCACAAAAUGAACAUGAACCUAUGCAUAUUAUUUAUCGUAUGCGUGGUUUAUUAGGUGAUGCAACUGAAGAUAUAAUUGAAACAUUUGAUACAAAGAAAAAUGCUGGUGAAAAUGGUGAAGAUGAUCCUGAAGAUAUUUAUCGUUUAGCAAAUGUUCUUAGUGAACAUUCAGGUUUAGAAACAAUGUUAAAACGUUUAGAUUCUAUUUCUGAUAUGUCAUCUGGAAAAGCAUUAUUACAAAUCUUAUUAAAAUUAUUUGAAUAUGCAAUUAAACUUAAAGUUAAUCGACAACGUUUAAUUGAUCCAAGAUUACGUGCAAUAUCAUCAAUGUUAAAUAAACUUAAUUUAUUAUUAAAAACUGAAAUUGAAGAACAAGGACGUGAUCAAGCACUUUUAUCAUUAACAGAAAAACUUCUCUAUAUUAUGGAUCAAUUAUUUCAUGAAGCUAGUACAACAUUAUCACAAGAUAAAUAUAAUGAAUUUUCCGUAUCAUGCGAAGGUGAUAUUGAACAAUUACGUUCAUUACUUAAUUAUAUAAAAUUAUCAUUUGUUAAAAGUCAUCCAAGUUUAAUGGAAGCACUUAUUCAUCUUUUACCAUAUUUAUCAUUUGGAAAUAAAGAAAAAAUGCAAACAUUACUUGAUUAUUUUAAAUCUUAUCUUGAAUUUGAUCGAUUUGAUCUUGAACAAGUAUCAACAGCAACAUCAUCACCAUCAAAUGAUAAUGAUAGUCAAUUACAUUUAGAUUGUUUCUGUGAAGUAUGUAAACAUUUAGAUAAAAAAUCUAUUUAUGGUAAAGAAUUUCGUGAUCUUGUCAAUGAAUCAAAUGGUAUUAUUGAUCAAUGUAUAAAUUAUAUUGAAACAAAUUCUCCACAAGUUAAAACAUAUUUAGGUAUGCAAGAUCAAGAUAGUUGGAAAGAAUUUUUAAAUAAACCAAGUUUAUCAUAUGUUUUACGUUUAUUAACUGGUUUAUCAUAUGGACAUGAAAAUAUUCAAAUGAAAAUCGGACAAAGUUUAAUACGAAUUUUACAUAAAAUUGAACAAUUAACAACAGCUGGAAAAGUUGGUGUUUUAGCUGAAGAUCUUUUACAUUCAUUGACUGAAAAUGAACAAGUUGCAAAGAAAAUUGAUGAUGUUAGAAAUCAAACACGUACAGAAAAGAAACGUUUAGCACAAGAAGCACGUGAUAGAAAAAUGCGUGAAUUAAAUUUAAUAAAAACACGAAAUAAAAGUGUAUCGGAAUCAUCUGCAACAGCAUCGAAAAUACCAGUAGCAGCUGCUAAUGUUGAUUUAACUGAAGAAACUGGACAUGUUUGUUGUAUUUGUCGAGAAGGUUAUAAAUAUUUUCCAAAUAAAGUUUUAGCUAUUUAUACAUUUACGAAAAAAGUCGAUAUUGAACCAUUCGAAGGUAAAACACGUAAAACAUCUGGUUAUGCAACUGUAACACAUUUUAAUAUUAUACAUAUUGAAUGUCAUACAUCAGCUAUUAAACAAGCACGAUCAAGAGAUGAAUGGGAAUCAGCAUUAUUACAAAAUGCAAAUACACGUUGUAAUGGUUUAUUGCCGUUAUGGGGACCUGAUGUAGCUGAAACACAAUUUACAACGGCACUUGCAAGAUAUGAUACCAAUAUAAUUGAAGCAACAGGUGUUCGUGAAACAUCACCAACAUUAUCACUUCAUGAUAUAAAACUUCUCUUAAUUCGUUUUGCUGAUGUACAAUCAUUUAGUGAAGAUACAGGUGGCGGUGGACGAGAAUCAAAUAUACGUUUAAUUCCAUAUGAAAUGCACGCAAUUCUUUAUGUUUUAACAACAAGUCGACAAAUUGAACGUGAAGAGAAAUUAUUACAAAAUUUUCUUAGUCGUCCUGAUUCGACAUUAAAUGAAGCAUUUGAAGUUGAUGGCCCAUUUUUCAUGACAACAUUAGCAUUAAUUAUAAUGAAACCAUCCGAUUGGGAAAAGAAUCGUCUUACUUUUCUUCAAAAACUUCUUCUUACUGCACAUAUUCGAUCAACUCAUACACCAAAUGAUCGUACAAAAAUUGCUUCAAAAGCAUUAAAACCAUUUGCAAUCUAUAAAACAUCUCUUAUCUUUUUCGGACUUGUCAAUGCAUUCUUUGUUCAUAUGUUAAAACCGCGUCUUGAUACGAUAUCAACUACACCAUACAAUCAACAAUUAGCGCAAUUUCUUCGUAAUAAUGAUGCGUUUAUUAUGGAAGCAUGUACAAAAAUCUUAAAACAUUUUGAACAAGAUUUACUUUCAAGUCAAACAUUUGAAACAUUAUUUAAUGCAUUAGAUUGUAAACAAUUGUCUGAACAAUGGAUACAAGAUGUUAUGAAUACAUUACCAUAA